GAAAGGCUGAUCAUUCGAGCUGCAGACACGAUCGGUUACUAGUCUAAAAUGUCUUCGCUGAUUAUUGUACUGUUUCUAUUGAAUUUGGGAUUUUCCCUAGUCAAAAGUGAACUCAACGACACCUGUACAACGACUAGUAAUCAAAUUGGGCGCUGUAUACCAGUUAGAGAUUGCCAGCCCGCUAUAAAAAUUCUAAGAUCUCCGUUUGAGGACCUUACAAACGAAGAAUGGUACUACAUAGAAAACAACAGUUGCGGCAAGAUGCCCGGAAGUUCUCUCAAAUUAUUGAUUUGCUGUCCUCUUAUUCAAAAUGUGGAAGGAUGCGGCGUAGCGAAAAUUGGAAGACGUAUUUACGGUGGUAACGAGACUGAAACUGGUUUGUAUCCGUGGGCUGGUGUUAUCGUUUACAAAGUUAGCAGGAGAAAAUUUUCCGUACACUGUGGAUGUACGCUAGUGCACCAUCGAUGGGUACUGACUGCGGCGCAUUGUAUUAGGAGCAUCCCGAGAAGUUGGAGCAUAAAUCGUGUAAGGUUCAAUGAGUGGGAUACUACGAAAAAAUCGAAUUGUACUAGCAAGAAUGAUGUUUCCAUAUGCAGAGAGGAGUAUGAAAUAACACAACAGUUUGCUCAUCCUUCAUAUCAGGUCAAUAAUGCAAAUAUGAGACAUGACAUUGGAUUACUGAAAACGAAGACGGAUGUUGUCAUAAACGAUUUUGUUAUUCCAAUCUGCCUGCCAUUAAGUGAUAUGAUCAAACAGUUACCUAUCGAUCAGGAAGAUUUCAUCGUUACAGGUUGGGGACAAACAGAUAAAGAAACACCCGGCAUUCAGAGAGAUGUAAUAAUGACUGGACAGAAAAACAAUGUUUGUGAUAAGGCUUAUGAGUCGCACAGAAUAAAACUUACGGAAGAUCAGUUGUGCAUCGGAGGAAGAGAAGGCGAAGACUCUUGCCGCGGUGAUUCUGGUGGUCCGUUAAUGCGCGAACAUGGACUUGUUAAUUAUCAGAUAGGAAUCGUAAGUUUCGGUGCAUAUAAAUGCGGCACUAAGGGUCAUCCGGGAGUUUAUACCAAAUUGAUCGAUUAUUUGGACUGGAUUGAGGAAAUUAUGACACAGAAUUGAUGGAAUUUACCAAAAAUAAAAA